AUGCUCAUCACGGACGCGGAGGACGGCGCGGAGUUCGAGGAUGGCCUGGACCAGAAGUUCGAAACCCUGUUCCCCGUGGAGUGGGGCAUCAAACUGUCCACCUACAUCAUCUGGCGCCCCACGGCGCAGAACGAGAACAAGAUCGCCAGCUGGCGCUUCUUCAAGCGGCUGGCCGAGACGCACGGCGGACAGCCGGUCUUGCUCGACUAUAUGGGGGACGACGCGGCCACGUCCGACAUGGCUGCCACCGUCCAAGGGUACUGGAAGAACGAGGAGCGCAAGCUGAUGUUGCAGGAAAAACGCGCCCAAAAUCCCAUCAAGUGGGUCCGGUUUCGCGACCCCUUCACCGGCCUUCAGCGGCUCUCCGCCUGCCUGAAGCUGUUCUCCACGGGCCCCUACGCGGAAACGGAGGCGGAAUUUCGGCAGCUGCGCCACUACGCCACCUUCUGUCUGGAC